CGCAAAUUGUUUGCAUGGCGGACACUUGGAAAGAACAGCUGAACAGAAAUUGCAGCAAAUCCCCGACCACCGUCUGAAAUUUCCCGGCGAUGUUACUCGCCCAAACGUACCGUGCCUCGACAAACAACAUCCGGCGGCCUGCUUGCGCGACAACGGUGAUCGGAAAGACGGCUAAAUCGGCUUCUUCGAUGUUGAAUUGAUCGCUGCCUGGCCAAUAAGUCUCUCAUCUUCCUUCGCUCCCAGAACCCUAAUCCGCUGUCUUCCUCCUCAUCGUUGGAGCUCCGAAACCGGGUCCGGCGAACAGUAAUUCUCAGUCGUACUUCUUUUACUGAAUUACUGCCUCUUAGUCUUGGUUGGGCUGGGCCCAUCGCUUUCCAAGCCUUGUUGGCAUUUUACGGGAUGAACUGGUCGCACAUUGAAUAUGGGCCUGUUUUUGGGCUUUUUGCCCGGUGGGCUGGCAUAUUGUGAGGGCUGGCCUGUGGUUAUGUCUCUGAAGUCUGAACCCACUUCUCACUGAAAUGAGAAAUCCCUCAUUCCCAAAAUUGGCGUUGAGGAAGUCUCCCAGUCCCAGGCAAAGCUGCUGACAAUUAAUCUAAAGGACUCGUUUUUUCCUCUAGGAGAACGCAUCUGGGAAUCAGACCACCGUAGUUCUCUGCUUUUAGGGUUGCAGAUCACACCUUCUUCACGCAACAAUGGCGAUGGCUGCUUUGAGACGCGAAGGGAGGCGAUUCGCCGGCUCCAUCACUGCUCCCCGACCAAUGCCCGCUAUUCGAUCCGCUCUCAUCUCUGAUGAGCAAGUUCCUCUGGGAGUGCGUUCAAUCUCCACUCAAAUUGUUAGAAACCGGAUGAAGAGUGUCAGGAACAUUCAGAAAAUCACUAAGGCUAUGAAGAUGGUUGCUGCAUCAAAGUUGCGAGCAAUUCAAACCAGAGCUGAAAAUUCACGAGGCCUGUGGCAGCCUUUUACUGCUCUUCUUGGUGACACUCCUGGGGUUGAAGUGAAGAAAAAUGUCAUUGUCACUAUUUCCUCUGACAAAGGUCUCUGUGGAGGGAUUAACUCUACAUCAGUUAAGAUAAGCAGGGCUAUUCACAAGUUGACUUCUGGCCCAGAAAAGGAAGUGAAGUAUGUUAUCUUGGGAGAAAAGGCGAAAGCUCAACUGAUGCGUGAUUCAAAGAAAGAUAUUGAGUUAUGCAUCACCGAGUUGCAAAAGAAUCCUUUGAACUAUACUCAGGUUGCCGUGUUAGCUGACGAUAUCUUGAAGAAUGUAGAAUUUGAUGCUUUGAGGAUUGUCUUCAACAAAUUUCAGUCAGUUGUCGCAUUUCUGCCUACAAUGUCGACUGUCUUGUCCCCUGAGGUUGUUGAGAGAGAGGCCGAGGCUGGUGGAACGCUUGGCGCACUCGAUUCCUAUGAGAUUGAAGGUGGUGAAACGAAGGGAGAAAUUCUUCAGAACCUUGCUGAGUUCCAAUUCUCUUGUGUUAUGUUCAAUGCAGUGCUUGAGAAUGCAUGCAGUGAGCAAGGUGCAAGGAUGUCUGCCAUGGACAGUUCAAGCAGAAAUGCUGGAGAUAUGCUUGACCGCCUGACUAUAUUCUAUAACAGGACUCGUCAAGCAUCUAUCACCACUGAGCUGAUUGAGAUUAUCUCUGGAGCAUCAGCACUGGAAGGUUAAUCACAACAGAUCUCAAACUCUUUGUGAUUCUCGUCUGAUGGUGACGAAAUAAGGUGUUGGCGAAACAAAACGAGUUGCAAGUUUUUGUUUAUUGGCGAUAUCAUAUCUUUUGAAGAUGUUUUGUUGAGCAACUGCAAUAAAAACCCUCUUCCCAGCAUUGUAGUUUCGUUUCUGGGAAAUUGAAACGUGCUUUACCAUUACAUUACCUUACAGCUUUACUUUUGACGUUGAAAUCAACGUGAUGAUAUCGACUGUACAUUCUGUUGAUUUUCCAACUCUCUUUUUAUAUUUGCUCGUGGAAAAUCCCUACCAGUACUUAGUGGGCAUAUAAGAGGUCGACAUUCUAGCUUAACACUCUCAUUGUUGGGCUUCGUGGGCUUCGAAAUUCCUUCUCCGUGGGCCGGCGGCAAUAUCCAACAACUCACUGUUCGCCACUUGCGUCUCGUUCAAGCAAAUUGGCG